ACUUCUUGAUCUGCUCCCGCCAAAACUCGCCGCGCUCGCUGCCAUUUUCGUAAACAAAUGUGGCGCGCGGUGGUGCUGUCUGGUGCUGUCGGAGUUCUACAGCCUUGGUGCUGUCGGUUGUGUUGUGUGGUGUAGAACUCUCGCCGUUUUUACAAGGCUGCUGUAGUUGCCGGCCCCGAAGCUGCCCGUCAUGCCGUCCCCGGCUCGCACGCCGACCCGCCGCGGCCGCACCGGCUCGGCAGCCUCGACCCCGAGCCGCGCCUCACCGCGCUCCGGGCGCGCCUCGUCCCGUGCCGACUCCGGCGCGCCGCUGCCGCCGGCCGAGUCGCCGGCGCCGUCCGAGGCGGUGCCGCCCAGCGUCUCCUCGGACCAGCAGGCGGCCAGCUCUCCGGCGCUCUCCCGGCUGGGCGCGCCGGCCAGCGUCAUCAGCGGCCCGGCCAGCGUCGUUAGCGAGAUCGACCUCGGCUCGCCGCUCAACUAUGGCACGCCCAGCUCGCUGGGCUCUCUGCGCACCCCGCGGUCCAGCGCGCGCGGCACACCCGUGCGACACCGUUCGGACCUGCGCUCCGACCGCGUCAUGCGCCAGGUCAACGUGGGCGAGCCGGACGCCGCCGCGGAGGGCGGUGAGCCGGAGCGUGCCCCGUCUGCCGCCGCCGGCGACGGCGCCGCGCCGACUCCCGUGCCGCAGGGCCCCCAGCUGGUCAUCUGGGGCACCGACGUGGUGGUGAGCACGUGCAAGGAAAAGUUCCGCCGCUUCCUGGAUACGUUCGUCGACGCCGUGGAGGAGGAUGAGCGCGUGGAGAACAUGGACGAGUCCGGGCCGCUCUACAUGCAGAAGCUGCGAGAGAUUCACCUGGUGGAGGAGCCGUUUCUCAACAUCAACUGCGCACACCUGCAGCAGUUUGACGGCGACCUCUAUCGCCAACUGGUCUGCUAUCCGCAGGAGGUGAUUCCGACGUUCGACAUGGCCGUCAACGAGAUGUUCCACGAGCAGUACCCGGAGACGGCCCUCCAGCACCAGAUCAUGGUGCGCCCGUUCAACGCUAACAAGACACGCAACAUGCGCGCGCUCAACCCGGAGGACAUCGACCAGCUCAUCACCAUUAGCGGCAUGGUGACGCGCACCUCGAACGUCAUCCCCGAAAUGCGCGAGGCGUUCUUCCGGUGCACUGUGUGCUCCAACACCAUGUCCGUCGACAUUGACCGUGGCCGUAUUGCUGAGCCGGUGCUCUGCACACACUGCAACACCAAGUUCUCCUACACUCUGAUCCACAACCGGUCGCAGUUCUCGGACAAGCAGAUGGUGAAGCUGCAGGAGUCGCCGGACGACAUGCCACCCGGCCAGACGCCGCACACGGUGCUCGCGUAUGCGCAUAAUGAUCUGGUGGAUGCUGUACAGGCCGGAGACAGGGUCACCGUCACAGGCAUAUACCGGGCGGCGCCGCUGCGCGUCAACCCGCGCAUGCGCAGUGUGAAGGCGGUCUACAAGACGCACAUUGACGUCAUCCACUUCCGCCGGCUGGACACGAAGCGGCUGCGGGGUAUCAGCGGCGACGGUAACCCGAUGACUCUGACUCCGGAGCGUAUCGAGACUCUGAAGGAGCUCUCCCGGAAGGAGGACGUGUACGAGCGACUGGCGCGGGCCAUCGCGCCCUCCAUCUACGAGAACGAGGACAUCAAGAAGGGCAUUCUGAUGCAGCUCUUCAGCGGCACGCAGAAGGACUUCUCAGACUCGGGACGCGGCAAAUGGAGGUCGGACAUCAACAUUCUGCUGUGCGGUGACCCGGGCACGUCCAAGUCUCAGCUGCUGCAGUACGUUUAUAACCUGGUGCCCAGGAGCCAGUACACCUCGGGCAAGGGCUCCUCGGCGGUCGGUCUCACCGCCUACGUCACCAAGGACCCGGAGACCAAACAGCUGACGCUGCAGACAGGCGCCCUGGUGCUGGCCGACAACGGCAUCUGCUGUAUCGACGAAUUCGACAAGAUGAGCGAGGCGACGCGCAGCGUGCUGCACGAGGUGAUGGAGCAGCAGACUCUGAGUAUCGCCAAGGCCGGUAUCAUCUGCCAGCUGAACGCUCGCACCUCGCUACUGGCGGCGGCCAACCCGUGCGAGUCGCAGUGGAACAAAAACAAAACCAUCAUCGAGAACAUUGAGCUGCCGCACACGCUGCUCUCCAGGUUCGACCUGAUCUUCCUGAUGCUGGACCCUCAGGACGAGGCGUUUGACCGGCGACUGGCCCGCCAUCUGGUGUCGCUCUACUACACUGCCGACGAGGCCCAGGAGGAUGAGAUCAUGGACAUGGGAGUGCUUCGCGACUACAUCGCCUACGCCAAGGCCACGUUCCAGCCGACCCUCACCGACGCCGCUUCGCAGAGACUCAUCUCGGCAUACGUCGACAUGCGCAAGGUGGGCAGCGGGCGCGGUCAGAUCACCGCCUACCCGCGCCAGCUGGAGAGCCUCAUCCGGCUGGCCGAGGCGCACGCCAAGAUGCGCUUCUCCAACUCUGUGGAGUUGCCGGACGUGGAGGAGGCGUGGCGGCUGCACCGCGAGGCGCUCAAACAGGCCGCCACCGACCCGACCUCAGGCCGUAUCGACAUAUCGAUCCUGACCACGGGCCUGUCGGCGGCCGGACGCAAACGUCGGCAGGAGGUGGCCGCCGCCCUGAAGAAGGUGCUCAAGGAGCGCGGCUCGGCACCGACCGUGCCGCUCACCAAACUCUACCAGGAGCUGCGCGAGCACUCGGACAUCAUGAUCACCCGCGAGAUGUUCGAGGAUGCCAUCAAGGACCUGCAGGACGAUGACGUCAUCAUGAUGGCCGGCCGGCACACGGUGCGCGUGCUCCACUGAUGACGUCAUCACAGGGACGCCGCCGGCGGGGAGCCGCACCAGGCAGGUCCCGGCCAACUCUGUCCCUGGCUGGGUUCAACGGGGGCUGAGAGCUCACCGCUCGUUGUGUGAGCGAGUCUGCCGGGGUGUGUGGUGGCAUAGCCGAUACUGUCUAAGAAGGCUAAGUUGGAAGAGAGCUGUAUGCCGUCUCUCGCUGCCUGAGAUGGCGGUAGUUUCCAACUAAGCAGUGGUUCUGACGGUAGUUUCCAACUAAGCAGUGGUUGGAUGAUCCAUCUGGUUGAAGUGAGAGGCGUUUGGGACCGAAUCGGCUCAGUCUCCUUUGUGCGUCUUUGUUAUCUCCUGUGCUAGUGCUAUCUUCCCUGCUCGUAGCUAGGCAUUUAGGGCCUGUUCCAGCGCCUCCAGUCAAAGUUAUUUACUGAUGGCUCUUCGAGAAAGUUAUAAGCUUUUAUUGGAGGCACUAGAAUGCAAUGUUUGCACAGAAUGGAGGCACAGAAUGCAAGAAAGUAUGUUUCAUUUUUUUAAAGUGUGAUUCUAUAUACAACUAUAAAAUAAUUCAAAAGACCAAGCUUCCAUAUUCUGUAAACGCUACAUUUGCGCCGUUGCUGUAGACCAGAGCCUCCAGUUAAUUGUGGACCUCGCAACUGACUGGAGGCUGCUGGAUGUUUCUGGUGGCGCUACAACGCUGACUGGAUAAUUCUGGAGCUUUCUAGAGCGUUCAGGUGUUUUCAGGGGGCGCUGGAACAGACCCUUGCUAUGCCGGUAGCUAGUUGAUCGCUAGUUAUGCUAUCAGCCGUUAAAGCACGCUAAGCUAUCCCAUUAGUAUGCUCAUAGUGCCGCUGGCUCUCAACUAGAGUGCUCUCGACUAUUGAGUGCUCUGAAACACAAACCACAGUGGAGUGGAAGGAACCGUACCUGAUUGCGUUCGGUUUCGUUGGUACCUACAAUAGGACGCGUUAUAAAUGGACCUGUUUCAGUCCACGCAGCAGAGGACAAUUUGAUGGGUGCGCUAUCGACAUUUACCGAUUUUGGAUCAUUUUCGAUGGAACUCUUGUGACUGAUAAGCCGAUGAAAACAGUUCUAGCAGUGCCUUGGGAGGAGUAUUGGUCUACUCCCGAUAUCGAUUCGUUUUUGUACAAUAAACUGUUUUUGCUA